UUUAUCUCCUGACAGAUGAGUGACAUAUAAACACGACAUUGUUUUUAUGAACGAGUAUUUAUUUAUUAAAAAUGCCUUUAAUUAUAAUUUGUGGUACGCCUGUAAGUGGUAAAACAUCAAGAGCGAUAGAAUUAAGAGAUUUCUUUGUAAAUAAACAUGGAAAAAAGGUCGAGGUGGUGUCUGAAGAUGAAGCAAUAACUAAGUUAGGUUAUGACAAGAACUCAACAUAUUUAGACUCACAGAAAGAGAAAAGAGUGAGAGGAUACCUUAAAUCAGAGGUUUUACGUCUUAUAGGAAAGGAUAAUGUUGUUAUACUGGAUGGAAGCAACUAUAUAAAAGGUUACCGCUACGAAUUGUACUGCGCAUCAAAAGCGUCAAAGUCGACACAAUGUACUGUAUACACUAUAAGGAACCAUGAUGAGGCUUGGGAGGACAAUCUGAAGAGGGAGAAUGGCAGCUCCUCCAUUCCAUACACGGAAGAGGUGUUCAAUGCUCUGUCUAGAUUAAGGUUUGAAGAGCCGAAUUCGAACAAUAGAUGGGACAGUCCGCUCUUUACAGUGCAACCUACAGACGAGAUGAAUUUAGAAGAUGUGUACAAAGUUCUAUUCGAGAAGAAACCGCCGCCGCCUAAUAUGAGUACACAGAAUGCCCCUUUGACGUCAACAAACUUCUUAUACGAACUGGACAAAGUAACACAAGCAAUUUCAAAACAGAUUUUGGAAGCGAAACAACUAAAUAUGGACGGUGAAGUAAAAUUCCCAGACUACCCGGGCUGCGUUUUAGACGCUGGCAACACACAACUAGUCAACCCACAGAAACUACUGAAGUUAAGACGGCAAUUCUUAACUUACGCUAAAAUGAAUCAUUCGAAUGAGGAAACAAGUAAAAUUGGAAGAUAUUUUAUACAGUAUUUGAAUAAAACUUUGACAGAUUAGAAUUUUGUUUGCUUUUAUUUUAUUACAAGUGCUCCAAUACAAUUUUUUUACGGCAUAGACAAGCAUACCUUAUCGUAAAC